CACAUCCACAAUGCAUCAUCUCUUUGGAGUUGUUUUGGGACAAAAGGACCUUUCACGUGCAGGGGACCUCUUCUCCUUAGACGAUUCCGAAAUAGAAGGAUGUCUAUCAGAAGCUCUCGAUCAAAUAAAAAUAAUCAGUUCUUCACCAGACUACCAAACCAACGACAAUGACCAGGCAGUCGUGGAAAUCUGUAUCACUCGAAUCACCACAGCUAUCAGGGAGACAGAAUCCAUAGAGAAACAUGGAAAAUCCCUUGUUGCUCUUUGGGAGUCGUGCUUGGAGCACAACCUGAAACCUUCAGGAAAAGAUGAAGACACACCGCAUGCAAAAAUUGCAUCUGAUAUUAUGAGCUGCAUUUUGCAGAAUUACAACCGUCCUCCCAUUAUGGCCCUGGCUGUCCCAGUGGCGGUGAAAUUCCUGCAAAGGGGUAACAAAGAGCUGUGCAGGAAUAUGUCGAGUUAUCUUUCCCUGGCAGCCAUCAGCCAAGCAGAUCUACUGGCUGAGCACACAGAAACAAUUGUAAAAAGUGUCAUGCAAGGGAAUUCCAUGUUGCUCCGUGUAUUGCCGACUUUGUAUGAAAAGCAAUCACAGCCAAUUAACGGCCACCUGAGAGAUCUGGUUGCGCUGAUGUCUCACCUGGAACAACCAGAACAGCAUCAUCUUUUACAACUUUUGCUGAUAGUUGCUAAGAAAAAGCAGCCAGAGGUGCUUCAAGAAUGUAUUCCCUCUCUAAUUAGUCACCUAAGAGAUCCCAAUAAUAAUGACAUCAUCCUAAAUAUACUGAUAGAAAUAUCAGGGUAUGAACCAGAAGUACUGGCCAAUUUGCUUCCUACACUGAAAGAGAUUGGAGAUAGUUUCCCAUGUCUGAUUGGACAAACAGCAAAGAUCUAUGGAGCUGUUGGACUCAUUGAUGAGGAGAGAGCCCGAAUAUGCCUGUUCUACUUGGUUAAUCAACUGGCUAACAUGGAACAUUCAUUCCAUCAUAUCCUUCUGCUGGAGAUUAAGCACAUCACAGACACCUUCUCCAAUAUCUUGGGCAUCCAGAGCAGAGACAUUUAUCGUAUGAGUAACAGUUUCACUGCCAUAGCUAAACUUCUCAUUCAACAGCUGGAAAAUGACACUACCACUGACAGCAGAGUAGAAGAUGUUGCUGAAACAGAAUCUCCUUCACAGCUGGAUGAUUUAAAAUCCAUUGUGAGUGGAAACGAAGAGGAAGAAAAGCUUCAGGUUAAAAUACAGGCUUUUGAAGAGAAAAUAAAUCUUGACAACAGUACGCCUGGCUCUGUGCACAGGUAUAGUCUCGGCCAGGUUUCUAAAGAAGAAAGGAAAGACAUGAGAUUUAACAGGUCCAAAAGCCUGGCUUUCCAUGCUGUUCAGAUGAAGAGUGUUCAUUCAGACAACGGGCAAGAGAUGGAGAGCAGAGACAUUACAGCCGGCAUUUCUUUCACAGAUAUCUACUUGAGCCAGGAAAGUGGCAAAUUGCCUUCAACUGCAAGCACUGAAGAGCCGCAGCUGGAAAACGCUUUACUUUCACACCCAAGUAUCAAACGUAUCGAAUCAGAGAAUCCGCCAGAACCUGUUAAAGAAAACUGCCGUGAAGGGAACCCGAAGACAACAAAGCAACCUGUGGAAUAUCAAGAUAAGCUUUACUUUCACUUAAAGGAAAAUCUCUCCAAAGUGAAAGCAUAUGUCCUGGAGAUGGGGAGGAAAAUUCCACUCCCAGAUGAAUGUGUUAUUGAAGAUACUGUUAGAAGUUCUGUAGCAAAACUGUUCUUCAGCUGCCCCCUGAAAGGCCAUUACUGCCUGUACAGUAAAUCCAGCUUUACUCUCAUCAGCCGACAGCCUCAGCUUUGGAUCCAUAUCAUGUUUCUCUUUCAGCAGAACCUGUUCCCAGAACCUUUGUCCAUGCAAAAUAAUUCUGUGCAAGCCCUGAAAGCCUUGUGGGAGAAAACCCAGCUGAAGGGAACACACAGCUUUGAAACCGCAAUGGUUCAGUCUACGUUUCCACUCCAGAAGGAUCUGGAGCAUGUACAGAUACAGCUGGAAGAAGUGAGGUUCUUUGAUUUAUUUGGUUACAGCGAGGAAGCGGGGGCUUGGCAAUGUUUCAUGUGUAAUAAUCCUGAAAAGGCAACAGUUGUGAAUCAAGAUGGCCAACCCCUGAUUGAAGGCAAGCUGAAAGAAAAGCAAGUCCGAUGGAAAUUCAUCAAAAGGUGGAAGACCCGCUAUUUCACUCUUGCUGGCAAUCAGCUUCUCUUUCGCAAAGGAAAAUCAAAAGACGACCCAGAUGACUGCCCCAUUGAGCUCAGUAAGGUCCAGAGCGUCAAAGUCGUGGCCAAGAAACGCAGAGACCGCAGCCUUCCCAGGGCCUUUGAAAUCUUCACGGACAGUAAGACUUACGUUUUCAAGGCCAAAGACGAAAAGAAUGCAGAGGAGUGGCUCCAGUGCAUUAAUGUCGCAGUGGCACAAGCCAAGGAAAGGGAAAGCAGAGAGGCAACUACAUACUUGUGAAUAAC